AUGCCCGCGAUGCAUCCCUCGGAGAACAACGAUGCAGACCCUCUGCCGCAUCACCAGAUGACCAACUGGGCCAAGGACCCCUAUGCCCCUCUAAUGCAUCUCGUUGCUACCACCGAGAUAACCACCACACAUUCUGCCGCACAAUUGAGACCGACAAGCUUCUUCCGUCGCCUCCAAUGGACUGCCGACGGCACAGCCCUUGUCGCCUCCACCUCUGAUAACCGCUUGUCGACCUACGUCUUACCUGCAGACCUUCUCGACAAGAACGGCUCGCCGCGAACUUUGACGCCGCAGGGGCAGUUGCACCUACCAGAACCCUUCUACUCGGCCGCUAUCUCACCUUACUUUUCCUUGCCCGAGCCUCAGACUCAACUAGCCUUGCUCGCCUGCAAAGAUCACCCCAUCCAGCUGCACCAUGUCUUCUCCGACUCGCCCUCUUCCACUCCGCUAUGCUCCUACAAGCUGAUUCGCAGCGAGACUGAGGAGUACAUCUGUCCCGAAUCUAUUCUGUGGUCUUGGCCCGGCACCCAUUUCCUAACCGGCUCGAUAAAUCGUCUCGAUCACUUUGAUAUGUCCAGACCCGGUUCUGAUGGCCCCGUCCUGACCAUCCCCACCAUCCCUUCCAAACGACACCUCCUGAAAGGCGGCGGCGUUGGUAUGAAGGGCAUGGUAUCCGCCUUAUCAUGCCAGUGUCCGGACGAUCCCGGCACCUCCAUCGUCGCCGCCGGCACAUGGUCCCGGUGGAUGGGCCUCUACGAUGUGACGCGUACGAACAAGCCUGUAGCGAAUUGGAGUAUCCAUGGCGUCACCAAGGCUCACUUUGGCCGGGAAAUUGGGGGCAACGGGGUAGUUCAGACCAUUUGGAGUCCAUGCGGUCGCUAUCUGGCCAUCAAUGAGCGCCGGGCCAGCGGCAUCCUCGUCUACGAUGUACGCGGGACUGGCCAGCCGCUGAACCUGCUCGUCGGCCGAAAUACAAACACGCAGCAACGGCUGACGUGUGACGUGUUUCCCGGCACUGGGGAUGUCUCCGGCGGUUUCGAACUCUGGGCCGGUACAGAGUUUGGGAGUGUUCUCGUCUAUGAGAACGUCGGCGCCUGUGACGGGGUUCUGGACAAGUCAUGGGACUGGGCCGCCCAUUCAUCGCCCGUGGGCAGCGCUGCCCUCCACCACACUGGUUCGGUAGCCGCCACUUGCUCUGGCGCGUGGACCAGUCACGCGGACCACGAAUUGGACAAUGAGCUUGGUUGUGCUGACGGCAACGGCCAACCUCGCCUGGCGUCGACACGUAUCACCCCUGAUUCCUCCCUUAAAGUCUGGACCCUCGCGACGGACAUAGCAGACCCCUUGACUGAGGAUCAACCAGACUCAUGA